GACCAGGGCUCAUGCGCAGCAUGGGGCGUCAGAGCUGAGAGCGCGCUCUUUAGUCCUGCUUAGCGUUUGAUUUAAAUAGAAAUUUCCUCUCUGGAAUGGAUGGGCUGUUUAGAACAAAGAAUAUGCUACUUCCUAGUUUGGCAGUUUGGUGUCAAAAACAGCAACAAUGUUGCAGGUUUUAUUGCAAUAUUCAGACAAAACGAAAGCAUGUAUCCCAACAUUUUAGGUCCAUGAAUUUGCGAGAGGAAAGCAUGGAAUCCAAGGAGAGCAAACCUGUGGAAAUGACAUGCAAAAGUCAGAGACUGAUGUUACUAGCAGGCCUGAUUUGUCCUGCCAGCCCUGGUUGCUACCAUUACAUGCCAUAUGCAGUCCGAGCAAUGGAGAAGCUGAUCAAGGUGAUAGACCAAGAAAUGCAGGCCAUUGGUGGUCAAAAAAUGAACAUGCCCACAUUGUGCUCAGCAAAGCUCUGGAGAGCCAGUGGGAGGUGGGAGCUGCUGGGCAAGGAACUUUUACGAAUGAAAGACCGGCACAACCAGGAAUAUUGUCUAGGACCUACCCACGAAGAGGCCAUCACAGACCUCCUAGCUUCCCAAGGCUGCUUGUCCUACAAACAGCUUCCCCUCUUGUUAUAUCAGGUAACAAGAAAGUUUCGGGAUGAGCCAAAGCCACGCUUUGGAUUGCUGCGGGGUCGAGAAUUUUAUAUGAAGGACAUGUACACCUUUGAUGCCUCCAAGGAAGCUGCCCUCCAAACCUAUGAAUGUGUGUGUGACGCUUACAGCAAUAUUUUCAACAAAUUGGACCUUCAGUUUGUAAAGGUUCAAGCUGCUACAGGAAGCAUUGGAGGAACAAUGUCUCAUGAGUUCCAACUCCCUGCUGAGAUUGGUGAGGACCAACUGAUAAUGUGUGCAAACUGUGACUUUUCAGCCAAUGUUGAAACAAUGAACUCCAGUGAAAUGGGUUGUCCUGUUUGCAAAGGAAAACUAAUCGAAAGCAAAGGGAUUGAAGUUGGCCAUACCUUUUUCUUGGGCACCAAAUACUCUUCUGUUUUUAAUGCAACUGUCCACACUGCCCAAAAUAAGCCUGUUCCAGCUGAAAUGGGCUGCUAUGGGUUGGGGGUGUCUCGGAUCCUUGCAGCCUCCAUCGAGGUGCUUUCUACAGAGGAUGCUAUCCGUUGGCCAAACCUCAUCGCACCUUAUCAGGUCUGCCUUAUUCCUCCAAAGAGAGGCAGCAACGAGGAGAAAGGAACAAUACUCUUGGAGGAAUUACAUGAUUUUAUUUCUGAAGCAGUCCCUCAGCUUAAAGAUGAGUUGGUGCUAGAUGAUCGGACUCAGCUCACCAUUGGCAAAAGGUUAAAAGAUGCUAAUAAACUUGGAUACCCCUAUGUUAUAAUAGGUGGUAAAAAGGUUUUUGAUGAACCUCCUUUAUUUGAAAUACAGAAUCAAAACACGGGUGAAAUAUUAUUCCUCACCAAAGAGGCCAUUAUUGACUUGCUAAGUAAAGUACAAACUUGUAAAUACUAGAUAUGUGUACAACUCCAGUACUUUUGAGUACUGGAGUUGUAACAUUUUCCUUGCCAUAUUAAACACAUGAUUAUGGGAUAUUAUUCCCUACUUCAGGGGAUUAAAACGAAAUCAAUACAGUGCUGCCUUCUAUCCCAAUGCAUCAUUUGAAUGGGCUGGUCCAUUGACUACAGCGACAUAGCCAGCUCCUACUGCACAAGAUGGAUGUUUUAUUUGGAUGCUGGCUGUUUUUGGAAUCAAGAGAGUCUUUGGGUAACACAGUGUAAUAAUAGCAUCCUAUCAGGAAAGGAUAAAGUUGACUUUGAUUUGAGCUUUUAAAUAAAAUAAAGUAUUUGCAAAUUAA